AUGGCUGGACCUGGCUGUGAGACCUCUUCUGAGGAAAGCCUCAGCACCGAGGAGCCCACAGCAGCGGACCCGAUGACCCCGAAGCAGAAGCAGCCCAGGCGCGGAGGCUGCUGCCGUGGCAGUGGCCGCGGCUGCCACCGCCGUGUCAGCCGCCGCCACCGCCGCCGCCUCGACAGUUUCGCCACCUACUUCACCAGGGUUCUGAGGCAUGUUCACGAGGGCCUCAGGCUCUCGCAGGAGGCCGUGAGCGUCAUGGAUUCGUUCGUCAAGGAUAUCUUCGGGCGCAUCGCUGAGGAGGCCUCUCGCCUUGCCUGCUCCACCAAGCGCUCCACCAUCACCACCAUGGAGAUCCAGACAGCUGUGCGCCUGUUGCUGCCUGGGGAGAUUGGCAAGCAUGCCAUGUCCGAGGCCGUGAAGGCAGUCAUCAGGUUCUAUGGACGCAAAUGA